AUGAGUAUUCUGGCCCGCAACGUCGCUCGACUUACUCGCACGCAAACCCGGAAAGCGUCGGCGAUUUCGUUGACAAAGUUUAUUCAGCAGCAACAACAGCUUCAGCGUUCGAAGAACUACUCUACAGAAGCUUUGGAGCAAAGAUACCACGAAAAACUACUGCAGAAAGCCCGAGCACAGGGCUUUGAAUCUGUGGAACACCUGAAAGAGAACCUAAAAGCCGACAUCGAAGGCAAGAAACGCGCACUCAAUAAAAUCGAUCCUUUGCAAGAGCUGGUUGAAUACGAACAAGGCAUGAAAAUGGCCAACAACAACGCCAAAAUGACAGAACCUAGGGGUCCAGUUGAUGCAAACGCCACUCCCGCGCCCUUCAAGACCCUCGACUCGUUCCUAAAGCUCGAGAAAAUUCAAGACCUGUCCAGACAGGAAGUCGAGUUUCUUUGGCGCGCGCGCUGGGCCAGCCAGGAAAACGCUAUGAACGCCGUAGUGCCCACGGCUGUGUUCGACCAAAUGUCGAAGCACUUCAAGUCGGCACCCACAUUCGUGCUGCCCCUACCCCGCGACAUCAAGGCCGACGAGUCCGACCUAAACGGCAGCGGUGACGGCCAGGGUGUCGAGCUCCACUACAUUCAGUGGCAAGUUGUAGGGCCCCAAACUGUCCACUGCAUCAUGACGUCUUUGGCUGAGUACAAAUUGCACAAAGAAUAUGCCAAGCCACACACCACUUUCCAAUUCCACUCAGAGCUUGCUAAAGACAAGCAAAUCGUGCUGAUGAAUGGUCAUGUCGAAAAAGACGUCAAUAUCUCGCUUCAAGACGCCCAGCUGCUGCUUUUGAACGUGCAGCGUUUUUACGGCGCCACGGGUGAGGAGACGGUGCCUUCCAAGCAGAGAAUCAAGCUUCUGCACGACUUCGCUAGCGGCUCGAGCGACUUUACUGUCGAAAAGCUCAUCAGUCUUGCUCAGUCGAUGGACACUUAA